AUCAUGGCUUCCAAUAUCCUCCAAUUCCUCCCACUCCCACGUCCUUUGCAUCUCACCAUCAUCCCCUCCCAAAACCAAAAUCAAAAUCCAAAUCCACCAUUACAUUUUCUUCAUCUCAUCUCACGACCAAACCACUUCCCACUCAAAUGCACCUCAAACUCGAAUCCUCAACAACCUGAAUUUCCUAACCCAGGCUUAGAAACAACCGUCAGUGCAGACAAGUUCCCAAUUGAGAAACGGAGAAGGUCAGAAAUAAUUCGUGACAGAAAAUCAAGAACAGGGCUGGUGAAGCCGGAGCCACCGAAUUUUGAGAUAGGGUGGAAGCGGACGAAGCCCAUUCCACUGGAGAAGCCGACAGGGUAUGCGAUAAUGGAUUUUCUGGAGAAGCUGGUGGAGUUGAUGGAGAGGGAGUUUGGGUCGGCGGCGCUGUUGGCGACGGCGGGGGAAAUCGUGGCGGAGAGGGCGAGAGAGGAGGCGGAAGUGCUGAGAGAUGAAGGGAAAGUUGAGGAGAGAAUGGUAACUGAGUUGUGCAGAGUUUUGAAGCUGAUGGAAAUGGAUUUGGCUAUGGUUAAAGCUGCUGUGAAAGAAGAAACUAUGAAUGAGAGGCUGGAACAGGCGAAGGCGCGCUGCAGACAGGCAAUUCUCGUUGCUAAUUCGUUCUGACUAGAGCAGGAUUUGAAUCUGCAAGAAAAUUAUACUGAGCUGUGAAGAUAUAUAAUGAACUAUAAUGGGAAAGAUUGGGUUAAUUCAUUUGAGGAGUUCUUUCAUUAUUGAUAAUUUUAGAGGAGUUAAAUAUGUUGCUGUUA